AUGAAGGCUAGAUUCUGUUGUGAUCGUCAGACUUUAAAGAUGAGCAUCUGGCUGAUGAUGAUCUGGGUGUCUCACAUUGUGGGAACAGCGGCAAAGCCGUUCAUUGUAACACAGUGGCCGACAGUGGCUGAGGUGAUGGCUGGAGAAGAUGUCAUUUUAAACUGCAGCAUUGUAGAGCUGUACUCCCCGUGUUCAACAGUGGCUUGGCUGAGAGUCGUUCCCGAGAACGCAACGAUCAGCCUCACCGACAGACUUCAGAUCGAUCCUCAUCACUCGUCCAACCAGUGGACCAGUAUUUGUACUGCUGUUAUCACCAAUUCAACGGUGCAUGACUCCAGUAUGUACUACUGCGCAGCUGUGCAAAGCCGCUUUGCUCACAUCGGUAAUGGAUCCAGAGUCAUUGUGAAAGAACACACUGUGUUUCCUGUUAUUGAUAUUCUUACGCCGCUGAUCAGGAACGGUCCUUUGGUCCCUCUUCAGUGUGUUGUGAAUGGGGUCAAGGCUUCUCGGGUUCAUAUGUUCUGGACUGUGGAGGGGAGAAAAGAGAAAGGACAGCCAGUUUUGACACAUGGGAACAAUGGUGCCAUCCAGAUCUCUAGGAACCAGAUCCUGAUUACUGCUGAGGAGUGGGAAAGGAAAGUGCAGUGUGUGUGUGUAGUGGAGUUUGGAGGACAGCUCUAUACCAAGACCCUUCAGCCACAUGAUGCACCAGAUGUGUGUUAUGCUGUAAAAUACACAUAUCUGUCUGUCUGCUUAAUUUUUGGUCUCCUGCUUCUGGUAACAGUGAUUGUUUAUCUGCUGGGACGGAAAACCUUCCUUAUGAUAUGUGUAUGCAAAAACAUAUAGUUUUAAAGA